CAAUCUGAAACGUUCAGUCGAAAUGUUCGUAAAGUUAUCGUUACUCCUCGCAGUUUGUCUGCAUUUAUCUUCUGCUUAUAAUGGUAGAAUCAUCAACGGAUACGAAGCUUCCAUUGGUCAAUUCGCGCAUGCUGUUGCGGUGAAGAAAGGUAUAACCCUUUGCGGAGGAUCCAUUCUUGAUGAAACGACAAUCCUCACUUCAGCCAGAUGCGUCUACAAAGAACACACUUUUGGAUUGACGGUCGUUGCGGGAACGAUUAACCGGUAUACUGGAGGCGAAAGUCGCGACGUCAGUCACGUAAUCGUCCACGAAAAGUUCGAUCCUGAAACCUUCGACAACGAUAUCGCAAUUUUGAAGCUGUUCUAUCCUUACGAGUUUGAUCAUACUCUUGAUGCUAUUAGGUUACCGGUUUAUGAUACCGAGGAUGAUAUUAAUGUUAUGGUGAGCGGUUAUACUCAUUUGGACUAUAAUCCUAACCUGGAGUUCGCGUACCAAAGAACCAUAGGUGUGGAGGAAUGUCAAUCUUUGUUGCCUGAGAACAAUGUUACUGGUGAUGAUCUUUGCACCGUGUCUGCUCCAGGAGUUGGACUUUGCACGGAAGAUUUUGGUAACGGUUUGGUUGAUAACAAAGGAUAUUUGUUGGGAAUUUCCAGAUCAGAUGAAUGCGACUCAGAUAAACCCGAUGUAUACUUGAGGGUUUACUCGUACUUGGAUUGGAUCAAGUAUAAUCGCGCAUAAAUUUUU